UUUCAGCAGAAGCUGCGAUUGGUGUUGCGAUCGGAAUUGUCGGCAGCCACGGUCUGUCGUUUGACCCUCUUUCUCUUUUAAUAUUUUCUUUAUCUUAAGUGUUUCCUCUCCUGUUCGUCGAAGAAGAAGUUGUAUUGAUGAUUUGUUUCAGGAUGGUUAUCAAGAAAUCCAGUUGGGAAUUCAGGACAAACAGUUCGCAGCCUUGCGAUGCUAUUAACCAUCUGUGAAGCUUUUCCAAAGAAAAGGCCUGGAGGUUUAAGAGCAACAAGUGGAGAAAACAAGCCAGCAUGAGACUACAGAGAUCCAGCUGUAUGCAAAUCUGAUGGGUAUAGAGUCAACCUGCUCAAUGUUCCCUGGAAUCAGUGGUGAUACUUUACUGCGAUUUGAAUGGUAACUUCACAGACACAGUGGUUACAUGGCAAUUUUGAAGACUUAUUUUCUCAGCUCUAAUAAUCGAAAAGCUUGGAGUUCUUUGUAACAUCAGCCAUUCAAUUGUACCUCGAUGUUGGCAAGCAUGUUCACUUCACAGGUCACUUUCGAAAUAAAGGGCGUUACGCUUCCAGGUGAAGUGUUUGCAGUAUGUGGAAAUUCAGCUGCACUCGGCAGUUGGUAUCCUCAGAGAGCGGUGCUUCUGGAACCAGAUCUAAAUGAUAGCCUAAUGUGGAGGGCAACGGUCAUUCUCCCAAGAACCGUUCUUUUCCAAUAUCGCUAUUUUAAAUGUUACGUCAUGGAACCCAAGAACCCUGUUGAUCUUCGGCAAGUGCUAGUCAACAAGUGGGAGACUCAUCCUCAUCCACGAUCAUUUAAUCCGUCGGAAGGAGAGUGCAUUUUGAAUGAUGGAUACUUUGGAAUUCACAAUGGUGUUGAGAAAUUGGAUUCUGGGUGGUUAACUUGCCAAAGUGAAAUUCGUUUAAGGUUACACUAUUCUGAGAAACCUCCAGUUUCCAUAUCCAAGAAGAAGUUCAAGAAGUCCAGAUUUAGGGUGAAGUUGACAUUGGAGGGUUUUGAGGAGGAGGAUGAAGAUGACGACAAACUGGUAACUACCUCAGUGCAGAAAAGCCCCAAUACUUUAGAAAUUUCCUUAAUCAGUGACAAUGGAUACAAAUCACGUCAUUCACAGCCAGAGUGUGGAUAUGCCUUAGAACCUGGCCAGUGGACAGAGUAUAGCAUUCAAACCAUGGAGCCAGAUAACCUGGAGCUAAUUUUUGAUUUCUUUGAGGAAGAGUUGGGUGUAACGGUUGUACAAGGUGAUGCGCUACCUGGUCUUGUAGGGACAGCCUGUCUUCUGUCUUCAACAAUUGUAGAAAAAUCUGGUGGAAUUAUUACACUUCCCAUCAUGAGUAGAAAUUCUAGACAAACUAUUGGAAAAGUGAAAGUUGACUACCUCGUUAUUAAGCCUCUGGAAGGCUAUAUUUGUGACAUGUCUCCUUCCUUGUCCAAGUAUUGGAAACCAAGAAUGGCUUUGGACGUUGGGCACAGAGGUGCUGGGAAUAUGUCGUCUGCGAACCUCGCAAAGGUUCGAGAAAACACAAUAGCUUCCUUUAAAAAUGCCGCUAGUCACGGUGCUGCCUUUGUAGAGUUUGAUGUCCAUCUUUCAAAAGACCAUGUUCCUAUUGUAUACCAUGACCUUACCUGUUGUAUAUCAAUGAAAAAGAAAGUGGACAAAGAAGCUUCAGAAUUAUUUGAAAUUCCAGUAAAGGAACUUACAUUUGAACAGUUGCAGCUAUUAAAGUUGGCUCAUGUGGCUGCUUUGAAGGUGAAUGACGAUAAAGAAAAUUCAAUGGAUGAUGAAAAUGAUGCAUCAGAAAACCAGCCAUUCCCUUCCUUGCAGCAGGUUUUAGCAUGUGUGCCUGAGCGUAUUGGAUUCAAUGUUGAAGUUAAAUGGCCUUAUCAACAAAAAGAUGGUACCUGGGAGGGCAACAUGCCAACCUAUUUGGAUAUGAAUCAAGCUAUUGAUAUAAUCCUAAAAUGUGUCUUGGAAAAUGCAUCUAAUCGAAGGAUAGUGUUCUCCUCGUUUGUUGCUGACGUCUGUUCAAUGAUCAGGCAAAAGCAAAACAAGUAUCCAGUCCUUUUCUUGACCCAAGGCUAUUCUAAUAUCUAUCCAGAGCUUAUGGAUCUCCGGUGCCGAAGCACACCAAUUGCGAUGAGUUUUGCACAGUCAGAAAACAUUCUAGGAAUUAAUGUUCACACGGAGGACUUGCUACGAAAUCUGGACUACAUUCAACAAGCCAAGUCAAAAGAAUUGGUCAUUUUUUGCUGGGGUGAUGAUACCAAUGAGUUUGAAAACAGGAGAAUACUGAAGGAGAAUGGAAUUGAUGGCCUCAUCUACGAUAAGAUCUGUGACUUUCUGCUGGGACAGACAAAUAUCUUCCAAGUAGAAAAAUUGGAGGAAUUGAAGCAACAAUUAUCAGAGGAGGCAUAUGUUGAUUACACAUGUUCUGAUGUCAACCAUUUUGAUCGUCAGUCAACUUCAGUGGACAGCUUCAAUGGGAGCACUUAUCCAAGCGAAAUAAAAAGCUGUGAACAAGAAGCAUACAGUACAGAAUCUGACUCUGGGCAAAGUUGCAAUUCGUUUUGAUCCUUCCUCCAUUUCAAUCCUCCCACAUUCUAAUAUGGUUUUUUUUCCUGCAGUCCAUGGUGGCAUGAACAAUAAUUUUGUUGCUUAGUUUUCAUAUUGCCUAUUUUUAAAAAAAUAAUUUUGGUUGUUGUACAUAUGGUUUCUUCAAGGGAAAAUAGCUUUUUAUUUUAUGAUACAUUUGUGUGCCAUUUAAGUUUUUUAUUAUAGUGGGGGCAUUUGCAUUAUGCAGUCACGUCAAUGUUUACACUAUGCAUUUAUUCUGUUACCUUCUGUAGUUUAUGCAUUGAUUUCAGAUUUGAGUAUAUACAUUGCAAUUCUAAUUUCUUCUACUCUGGGGUAGAAAAGCUCCAAUUGUUUUCAUGGAAGCUAACUGAUGGAAAAGGAAAGUGAUGUCUUUGCUACAAUCACCAGCCUAUUGUAGUAAAUGGGUCUGCUUCAAAGAUGUAAUAAACAUAUUGCUUCCUUUGCCAUAAAACAAAUGGUGAUUACUUUAGAAUUUUCUGACAUCUUUUGAUCUGCAAUAUGUAAGUAUUUCUAGAUGGAGGCCAAGUAUUAGUUUGCAUUGGCGGAAUUAUUUUUUUACAUUAGAUAUUGUAUAAACUUAGGCAUGGUUGUUCCAGGCUUCAACUGUCCAUGCAACAAAAACUCUUAAUAUAUUAAAUGUUUUUCAUUAGAGUGACAUGUACCAAUUAUUUUUUUUCGUUGUAUAAUAAGUUGGUAUUGGCUUCAAUAUCUUGUGGAACACCGCCUAUUGUACAAAUGAGUUAAAUAAUAUUACAAGGAACAAAACUAUGUAAUGUAUUAGAAUACUAACUGCAUUGAUAAAGUAUUAUGAAAGUAAUCUUGUAGUUCAAACUUUAGUGUGUAACGAAAAUGUCAGCUGUCCUUUCAUAUACCAUAAAUUUCUAAAAUCCAUAAAUCAAUAUUUGUUAUACAUACCUUAGCUGAUGGAUGCAGCUCUGUGAUGGCACCUUUCAUAAUGACUUGACUUAUUGUACAAAUAGUCAAUUUGUUAUUAAAACAUUUUCUGUUUGAAGAAUAGUGAAAGAAUUGUGUGACUGUGUCCAUCGUAAUUUAGGAAAUAAAAUUGAAAAGAAAUGUGCAAUAUUUGCAUGGAAUUGGAACGAUGCAGCAUUGGAAUUUGAAGUUCUAUUUUAGCAUAAAUAUUAACCUCCAAAAAAUGAAAGCGAAAUGCAACACCAUAUAGCUAUAUGGGCUAAUUCAUGCUUCUCGUCAUAAAUAUGGUACUGCACUACUUUAACUGGGCAAAAAACAUUGCACGGAACUUUGGAUUUUUAUAAAUGUAUUUCCACAGUGUCUAUAAAAUUAUAAAAUAAAAGAUCACCUAUC